AUGGGCAGGAGCCCUAAAAUGAAGGCUUCAUUUUUCCAAAUUUUGAUCAACACUCUCUCACUCAGAUUGUGUCGAAAUUUCGCGCGGAAGUACAGAGAAAUCCUGCCGGAAAAUGCCGAACUAAGAAUAUGCUCCGGCGAAACAUGGGACGUGGAGCUCACGCAGAUCGACGGCGACCAUUACUUCACCGCCGGUUGGUCGAAGUUCGCCGGAGAUUUGGAGCUGCGGCCGACGGAUUUUCUUGUCUUCACCUUCGGAGGCGGAUCGACGUUCGAUGUUUCCGUUUAUGGAAAUGAUUGCUGUGAGAAGAAACCCUUGUACCAUGAUUCUUGCAGCUCCGAUGAACAAGCUUAUGAUUUUUUCAGGUUGUGA